AUGAAGAGAGGGAAAGAUUGUGAUGAGAAGAUACUUGAGCCCAUGUUUCCUCGUCUUCAUGUGAACGAUUCUGAUAAUCGAGGAGGGCCUAGGGCUCCUCCAAGAAACAAGAUGGCUCUUUAUGAGCAACUAAGCAUCCCUUCUCAGAGGUUUAACACUCGCAUCAUUGUUCCUCCUGAACACUCCACUCAGGCUUGUGGUGGGGAAACACUCUUGUAUGUCCAGCAGCAGGUAACUUCUUCGGCUAGAGUACAUUCAGCUGAGAAUUUUGUCACGCAAGGACCGUACAUUGAAAAUGUGAGAUCUUUAGCACGGAGUGAUCAGAGGAAAAUGGUUGGAGAGGAAGAUGAUUUUUCGGUUCCUGUUUUAGUUAACUCAAGAAGAGUUCAGUCUUAUGGUACUACAAACAAGAACGGCCUUGAAAAGGAGAAACACACUUCGUCGGUAGCACCUAGCUCUCAAGGUGCCUUCUUGAACUCCUUAUAUGUAUCAGCUAGGGAAGAAAUGAAUGUGGACAAAUCAAAAUCAGAUUACUACGGGGAAAAUCCUUGUGAUGCUUCCUUGAGACAAGACUCCAGAAGUAGGUUCGAUGGAGAUGGUGAAGCCUUUGGGAAAGAUACUGAUAAUGGAGUUGAGUAUCAGUUCCCAAGAGAGAGUAAUUCAGGAGGAGCCAAUGGCAGUCCAGAUGAAAUUGACAAUGGUGGUGAAUACGGUAGAAGUGGGGAACGAAACUCUCAGCAGCAGAGAAUUGAAGAAGCUUGUGAUGACGUUUCUGAGAAUUCAAUGGUCGAUUCUAUAUUAAGCGAAGAUGUCUCUCCUGAUGAUAUAGUGGGAAUAAUAGGUCAAAAACGUUUCUGGAGAGCAAGGAAAGCCAUCAACAAGGAGGGACAUUUCUUAUUGACAUUCAUUGUGGAAGAUGUCCACCGAGACAGUUCAUGGCUUAGUACCGUUUCUUUUUUGCAUAUGCUUGUUGGAACAUGUUCCUGUCUCGGUUUGGUAUCGCUUUUAUUCCUCUCUGUCGUCUUGGGGAUUUCCCUUCUUGUCACUCGAGGGCUUGAACCAGUUCAACUGUUCGAGUUGCACAGACUGAUUAAGGUUCAAAGACUCAUUGCUGCAUCACCGGAUCUCUUGCUCGACGAUGUCACUUAUCUUGAGAAAGCUUCUGCUAAAAGCUCUCCACAAAAGAAGCUCCUUCAAUCUGAAUUUAUUGUGAAGCCUCUACCACGCGUUGCCAAACACAGAGAUGAUUCGGAGAAAACCAAUAACCAUCAUAAGAUGGAAUGUUCAGCGGAGAACGUGUUUGGAAGAACUCAUGUUUCAUUAGUUAACCCACCUGCUUCACCAGCGGCAUCAAACACCUCCUACAGGACUCCUACAGGUGUUAACGGUGGUGGCGGCUGGUGCUUUCCACCUCAACCUACCCCGGGAAAUCACCAAUGGUUAAUCCCUGUAAUGUCUCCUUCGGAGGGGCUCAUCUACAAGCCUUACCCAGGUCCAGGACACACGGGGUCGGCUUGUGGAGGGUAUUACGGUCAUUAUAAUUUCCCGGGCGGUCCGACUUGCAGUCUUCCUAAUCAGGCAUUUCACCCUGGUGCUGGGUUCCCGCCAUACUUCCCUCCUUACGGCAUGCCUAAUUCUUCAUGGCAACAACCACCAACCGAGCAGACGGUGAAUCAGUUUAGCCAUCCCGGAAAUCGACACAAUGCCGCCAUGAACACUCAGCAACAACAGAGCUCCUGUAACUUCCCAACAAACUCCAACACUGCGAACAGAGCUGCCAAAGCACCCCAACCGCAUCCAGCGCCAAUAAGGUCUCAACCACGAACCAGAGGCAGUGAACCACAACUUGUGGCAAAAACAACAAGCGUGGCGACGAGAGUGAUUAAAGUGGUGCCGCACAAUGCGAGGUUGGCGAGUGAAAAUGCAGCCAGAAUAUUCCAGUCAAUACAAGAAGAGCGUAGACACUACGAGCCUUAA